AUGCGUGCCCCAAGCUUCUUCCUCUCCGGGGCUCUUGCCACCCUCGCCGCCGCUGCCACCGUCGAAUACGACUGGGACAUCACCUGGGUCACCGCCGCCCCAGAUGGAUUCUCUCGCCCCGUGAUCGGCGUCAACAACCAGUGGCCUUGCCCGCAGAUUCGCGCUACCAAGGGCGACACCAUCCGAGUCAAGAUGACCAACUCGCUCGGCAACCAGACUACGAGUCUGCACUUCCACGGCAUCAACCAAGUCAGCACAAACUUCAUGGAUGGCCCAAGUCUCGUCACCCAGUGCCCUGUCGCGCCCGGCGACACGUUUGUGUAUGAGUUCUUGGCUGAUGAGGCGGGCACAUAUUGGUGGCACUCUCACAACAUGGGCCAGUACCCCGAUGGGCUUCGCGGACCCAUGAUUAUCGAUGACCCGGAGGAUCCGUACAAGGACGAGUAUGAUGAGGAGUACAUCCUCACCAUUUCCGACUGGUACCAUGAGCAAUCUCUCUUCCUGGGACAGAACCUUUUGAAUCCCAACAACACCAUUGGCGCGCCGCCCGCUCCGAACAGCGUCCUCAUCAACGACGGCCAAAACCUCGACUACCCGCUCGAGGUCGGCAAGAACUACCGAUUCCGUAUCAUCAACAUGGGCGCAUCCGUGUCGGCCAUGAUCCACUUCGACUCGCACGACAUGAACGUCAUCAUGAACGACGCCGCCUACCUUGAGAAAGAGAUUGCCUACCAGCUCCGCGUGACUCCCGCCCAGCGAUACGAUGUCAUCAUCAAGGGCAUCGAGCGCGACAACCGCAAUUUCGGCGUCCUCGUCUCUCUCGACCGCAACAGGGACUAUAGCACCGCGGCUAACCCCGUGUGGCCCCAGAACGCGACGGCGUGGCUCGUGAUGGAUCCCGAGGGCGAGAGGAGGCCCGACGUCGUCGACGUCUGGAGACCCUUUGACGACUCUCACUUCAAGCCCCUCGACGGCAAGAAUAUUCUUCCUCCUCCGGACAAGACUCUCGUCUUCAACUUCCAGCCUUGCCGUGAUAAGUACGGAAUCAACAGGCAAUGCGUCAACGGAUCGCCCUACGUCAACCCCAAGGUCCCGACCCUGUACACUGCCGCCACCACCGGAAACUUCAACAGCAACGAGACUGUCUAUGGAGCGGUGCACCCCUUCAUCGUCGAGUAUGGCGACAUUGUUGACAUCGUAGUCAACAACCACGACGGCGGAAUCCACCCAUUCCAUCUUCACGGCCAUCAUUUCCAGGUCUUGGCCCGGCACGCGACCGGCCGCGGUGACUGGCCCGGCGAGACGGAUUCUUACAACCCGGUCCCGCCCCAGAGGGAUACCGUGUCUGUGCACCCCCGAUCGUACGCCGUUUUCAGGUUUCAGGCGCACAACCCCGGCGUAUACCUGUUCCACUGCCACGUCGAGUGGCACGUCGAGAUGGGAUUGACUGCCACCAUCAUCGAGGCCCCAGACAUGCUCAGGGAUCUCAAGAUCCCCAAGGACCACAUCAAGGCUUGCAAGAAGGCGGGCAUUCCCACCAAGGGCAACGCCGGUGGCAACUACAAGAACCCCCUUGACACCUCCAAUAUCGACUACGAACCUCCUGCCGAAUAUACAGGUGCCCAGUGGACCCCGACGCACCCCACGUGCAAGAGGCGGUCGCGAGUGAUGAGGUCGCUGUAG